UUCAAACAUAUUUUACACCAUCAUAUACUGUAGACGUUAUGUAUAUAUCAUAGAAUUUUUCGUAUGACCAUAUAUAUGGAAAAUGAUGUCUACCAGUUAGUGGUAACUACCUCCGACACAUGAAUUAAUACAUCUAAUGAUCACCAGAGGUCAAAUAUAAACCUCGCCGGACUUUGUUAAUUCGAGAAAAAUUCCUUCGCCAUGAUUGUCUGGUUCCUCUUCGGUUCUUUGUUGUUCUUCCUCAAUUCCCUCCGUGGAGCUCCUAUCGAGGACCUGUGUUUAGCUUUUACUCUUCCAGGUUUUCCUGAUUAUGUUCUCAAAGAAGGCGAGCAAAACAUAAUUGUUAAUAUCCACAACCUAGAGGAGUAUGUUUCUUUGGUAGUCGAUGCGACAGUGAAGUCAGGGAUUAUGAAGCAGGUUGAAGCUUUCAUAUCAGGUUUUAGCCAGGUCUUUGAUAUCUCAUCCCUCCAAAUAUUUUCACCUCAAGAGCUUGACUAUCUAAUAUGUGGUCGUCAAGAAAUAUGGGAGGCCAAAUCACUGGUGGAUAACAUAAAAUUUGAUCACCGGUUUACUCCUAAAAGUCCUGCCAUUAUAAAUGUAAGUACACCCUUAUUUUCCUAUACCUUAAUCUGGCACUCUACUCGAGAUCAUGGCGAAGCUACUUGA